GCCCAUUUGAUUCUAGAUCUGUUUGUCAUUGUCCAAGUCGUAGAUUAGAAUGUCGUCGAGGGCAGCGAGGUCGUUCGUCUCUUCAUCGCGGCGCCAACGACGAGCUUUGUCUCCUUCGGUAAAACACCGUACUUUCCUAUCUUGUACGCCUUCCGCAUCCCGGCCGCAGCCCAUCAAAGGUCGGGGAAAUUCAUCCUUGGCGAUUGAGCCGACAAGGGCGGAAGAGCAACUUUACGCCAGCGGGGCCAGAGCACUGGGCCAGGCCGCAGUAUCAGCAAAGACGGACAGAGACUCCCCAACGCCACUGGUCCAGUACUGUAGACUGAUAGAUACCGGGACGCUUCGGGGUGACGAGCACCAGACAAGGAUAAUUCAGAAAUUGCAGGACCUUCAUGACGAGUUGGUGCAUUAUACCCCACCGCUAACUCCAGACCCCUCUGCUUCCAACUCUCUGCUGUCCCGAAUCUUCUCUCGCAACGAUACAGGAACCGCUUCACCACCAGAAAAUGUACCCAAGGGUCUAUAUCUGUAUGGUGAUGUCGGGACGGGGAAGACUAUGCUCAUGGACUUGUUUUACAAUACCCUGCCUUCUCGCUUGAACCGCAAGCGACGUGUCCAUUUCCAUGCUUUCAUGAUAGACGUACAUAAACGACUGCAUGCAGCCAAGAUUGCAAUGGGGCACAGAGGCGGGGACCCAAUUAUACCUGUUGCGCGUGAUCUCGCUGGUCAAGCCUAUGUUCUCUGCUUUGAUGAGUUUCAGGUCACGGAUAUCGCGGACGCUAUGAUACUUCGACGACUCCUUGAGAAUUUGCUCACUCAUGGCGUUGUUUGCGUCAUUACCUCAAAUCGACAUCCCGAUGAACUUUACAAGAAUGGAAUCCAGCGUUCGAGUUUCAUACCCGCCAUAGAUCUCCUCAAGACACAUUUUAAAGUGACCGAUUUAGAUUCGGGGACUGAUUAUCGUCGAAUACCCCGUGCCCUUUCUAAAGUCUAUUACCACCCUCUCACACCUUCAAACGCCCUCGAGAUUAAUAAGAUAUUCAAGUCACUGACAUCGCAAGACCCUUCAGACCCGGUCGUACAUAACAGACCGCUCACGAUAUGGGGCCGGACGCUUCGCAUUCCAGAGAGUACGCAGCAUAUAGCAAAGUUUCAUUUCGAAGAGCUGUGCGGACAGCCACUAAGCGCUGCUGACUAUCUGGAAGUGACGAGGGCAUUCCAUACCGUUUUCUUGCUGGAUGUUCCUAAGAUGGGGUUGGACAGCAAGGACAAGGCAAGAAGAUUUAUUACUUUUAUCGACGCUUGUUAUGAGAGCAGGACGAAACUCUUCGUCACUUCGGAGGUACCUAUUCAUCAAGUAUUCUCCAGUGACAGGGCAGAUGCGGGCAAAGGCCCAUCAGAGCAUAUGCGGAGUGUCAUGGACGAUUUGGGCUUGUCCGAACAGCUCAUUGGCGCCAGUUCGAUGUUUUCGGGCGAGGAAGAGAUUUUUGCCUUUGCGAGAGCUUGUUCUAGGCUUGUGCAGAUGGGGAGCAAGGAGUGGACUGAGACAUCUGAGAGGCGGUGAUGUUGAUUUUGAAAGUGAGACGUUGAAUCUACUGUGAGUUUUGGAAACUGUUAUAUAUUGUAUCGAUUGUAAUCAUAUAUGGAUCUAUUUUAUGUCGUGG